CACGUGUAUGUCAGGAAAAUGCCAAAGCACAAAAAUUCUCGGGGAGCUGCUUCUCGCUUACUCCCCUUAGCUGAUCAGAUCGAACAGGAGGGAGAAAUUAGACCCUCGUUCCGUAAUAAGCGCAAGGGGAAACCUACAGACGACGCCGAAGAUGAUGGAUACGUGGACGAGAAAUUGUCCCGAAGGAUUCUGGAGCAGGCCCGUAUUCAGCAGGAGGAAUUGGAGGCCGAAUAUAGUCUGGGGAAUGUGACCCCUAAAGAGAGGACAACUGUUUUAGAUUCCAAGAACAGAGCAGAGGGUUCAGACUCUGAAGAUGAUGAGUGGCCUUCAUUGGAGAAGGCAGCCAGUCUGGAGAAAGGUACCCUCAACGAGGAGGUACAAAUUAACCCUGAAGAUGAAAAGGCAAUGGAAAUGUUUAUGAAUAAGAACCCUCCACUAAGACGCACUCUAGCUGAUAUAAUUAUGGAAAAGAUCACAGAGAAGCAAACAGAGGUAGAAACUAUGAUGUCAGAGGUCUCUGGACGGCCAAUGCCACAGUUGGACCCCCGGGUACUUGAGGUUUAUAAAGGGGUAAAAGAGGUCCUGUCUUCUUAUCGUAGUGGAAAGCUGCCAAAAGCUUUUAAAAUAGUUCCUGCUCUCUCAAAUUGGGAGCAGAUUCUGUACAUUACAGAGCCUGAAACUUGGACAGCUGCAGCUAUGUACCAGGCUACCAGGAUUUUCUCCUCUAAUCUGUCAGAACGUAUGGCUCAGCGCUAUUAUAAUCUGGUCCUGCUCCCCCGUGUACGAGAUGAUAUAGCGGAAUACAAACGCCUCAAUUUUCAUCUAUACAUGGCUCUUAAAAAGGCUCUUUUUAAACCAGGUGCCUGGUUUAAAGGUAUCUUAAUUCCACUUUGUGAAUCUGGGACGUGCACAUUGCGGGAGGCUGUAAUUAUUGGGAGCAUCAUCACCAAGUGCUCAAUACCUGUCUUGCACUCCAGUGCUGCCAUGCUGAAGAUUGCAGAGAUGGAAUAUAAUGGGGCCAACAGUAUUUUUCUACGACUGUUAAUUGAUAAGAAAUAUGCCCUUCCCUUUCGUGUUUUGGAUGCACUUGUCUUUCACUUCCUGGCAUUUCGUUCAGACAAGCGAACCCUCCCAGUGCUUUGGCACCAGAGUCUUCUUACACUCUGCCAACGUUACAAAGAUGAUAUGUCUUCAGAGCAGAAAGAGGCUUUGUUAGACCUAUUGCGGAUACAUACACACCCACAGAUAUCCAAUGAAAUUCGUCGAGAGCUAGCCAACUCCAAAUCACGAGAUGCUGAAGUGCCAGUUGCUAUGGACUAAUGAAAUUGACUCUUUCUGACUUUUUGGCUUCAUUUACAAUAAGAUGUUUUUUUUCCAUUUGAUGAGUGUGAAAAUGGAAAGAAUAGCAGCACCAUGUCUCUUUAAACAGAUAUUGGUUAAAAUAUAUUUCUAUGAUGUGCCAUUGGUGAAAAUGCCUAUUCAUAUAGAAGUAUGACAUUUUUAAAGUAUUUCUAACCAGAUCUCAAAAAGAAACAAUUACUGAUUUGUAAAUUGGUACAAAACAUAAAACACAAGACUGUCAAAUA